AGCUGCCGUUACGUGCGGUCUGUCCAGGCAGACUCGACAGUUUACAUCGCUGUUCGGUUUCAAGGCCAUUUCAAACAGCUCCUGGGGAUAGAAUUAACCCGCCUGACAAUUUGAGCUUUUUUUCAGUGUAGCUAGAUGUACACGAAAAAAAUAAAUAAAUAAAAAAACGAGAAAAUCAGAUCGCAACGUUAAGUCCCCGCCUUUCAGAAGAAGCUCGCCACCGCCAUGGAACGCAGGACGAAAGCAACAUCAAGCAGGGGAGCAAUUGCAUUUACAGAUAUUGUGGAGAACAAAUUUUCAAUAUAUCGUAAAGAAAUGGAACAUCAUGGAAAUGAAGUUUGCCAAAGGGGUGGAAAGUUUAAGGACUAUUAUAUGCUCGUAAACGAGGCACUAAAAACAGCAGUGGAGGUUGUUCGGUUGGAGUUUACAGAUCAUGCGGACAGAAGGUUUGCUGACCUCCACCUCGAACUUGCCGCUAGGGAUAACGAGAUUAAAAGUUUGAGGAUGCAACUUCAAAUAUCCCAGAAUGAGCUGCGAGCUGCGCGGGACCACGUGAACCGGGCGGAGAGCAUCUUUGGGACAAGCAGAUUAUGUAACCGGCAAGCCCGGCUUGACUGCGACGGCGGCAUAACCGAGAGGGAAGCCGCGAGUGGAUCAUGGUGCAGACCAACGGACCGCGCGUGGAAAUCAACCAGGAGUAGCGCCCAGCGGAGUAAAGAUAAACCUGAAGUCUUCAAAACAGAAGAAGGUUUACAAAUUAAAAUCAUUCAAAUAAAAGAAGAAGCUGCAGGUGAAGAUUUUUCUUUGUUGGCCCUGGGCACUCAUGAGUUGGGUUUGCAUGAAGACAAAAAAAGCAGCAUCAGUCAAAGGCACUGUCACACUGUGGAGAAAAAUGUAGUUUUGCAAGACUCCCCAUGUGCAGUGGACGGCUUAGAGUGGAAACCUGUUCUGAUUAAACAGGAAACAAAUGACCUUGAAUCAAAUCUAUUUGUUGAAGAUGAGAUGAUGUGUGUUUCUGAAAAUAUGUGUCUGGAUGUAGAGGGGGCUUCAGCACUAAGGUUAUUUCCAGAAAGGCUUUGUGAUAUCCAGUGUUGGACAGAUGAACGGCUGUCAGUAGCUUCUGUUGAUACAAAAGAGCGUGAACAAUUGGCAUCAUCUGACCAUGAGCCCGGAAUAAAAGUGCACAGAAGCUCUGCUCUGCCCACAGUCUAUCAGCCUGGAUGGAAGACGUCACAGAAGGAUGGCACAACUCUAGCUCCUUAUUGCUACAGUGAAUAUGGGAAGACAUUUACUUCAUCAUCAAAUAUAAAACGGCAGCAGAAGCAGACUCAUGCAGAAAAUAUUCCACAUAUUGAAACUAGCAGUAACAGUAGGAACAGCAAUAAAAAGAAAAUGAAUAAUACUGUACAGAUUGGUAGUUUGCUCACAUGGAACAUCGGUGUUCAACAACAACAGAAGAUUCAGCCAGCAGAAAAGCCUCACUGUUGUACAGUAUGUGGAAAGAGGUUCACUCGGAAAAUGAAUCUGCAGCAGCACCAAGCCAUUCACACUGGAGAAAAGCCAUACAGUUGUACCGAAUGUGGAAACAGAUAUGCCAGAAAGACUAGUCUUCAGCAACAUCAGAGAGUUCACACUGGUGAAAAGCCAUUUUGUUGUACACAUUGUGGCAAGAGAUUCAUAUGGAAAUCUAGCUUUUUGGAACAUAGAAAAUUUCAUGCUGACAAAAGUGUCAGUGCUUUAAAAAGUACAAUGUAAGACGGAUAUUGGGGUUAAGUUAUAAAAAUGAUACUAAAUGGUUUUGAAAGAUUGAAAACCUUUGAACACCUGAUAGAAUUCAACAUGGCGUCUUGGGCCACUUGGUUCACUGAGAGAAUUCUUAUGAAUCAUCAAAGCAUUCCAUUUCAAACAAAGUAGACAAAUACAGUUACAGCAGGUCAGUAGUCUGGCAAAUCAAACAUAGCAUGAGUUUAUUCUUUAGAAACCUAUAAUUUAUUUAUAAAGAUUAUAACAAGACUCUUACAUGAAUGAAAAUUGAACCAUUUGUUUAUUUUAUCUUGUAGUUCUUGUUUUGUGUUUCCAUUUUUAUAGUACUGUAGAUUAACUGAUAAGAAGUGGUGUAAAUUGUUGUUUAGCGUAUAUUGAUGACAAUUUUUCUGUGAAUGUUAUUAUAUGACACAAUAAUUAGUCAUAGAAAUCCAAAUUUCAUUUAUCAGUUAUAGUGUUUUUAAUAUUUUAAUAUAAUUAAAGCUGUGAGAAUUCAACAUCCUUUAUGAAAACAUGAAACUGUUUUGUUAACCAAUAGUUUGUUUCAAAAUUCUUUGAUCAAUUUUUUUCUUUAAAUGUUCAAUGAGAUAAGAAAAAUGCUUCUGCCCAGCUGUUCAUCCAUCCAUUUUCUGAACCUGUUUGAUUUAAUUUUGGACUGAGGUGCAAUUCCAGUGUUAAUCCUGGACAGGACGACAGUCCAUCACAAAACACAUCCAUGCACACUUACUGUACACACAGCCAAUUUAAGAGCUGCCAGUCAGCCUAAUUUGAUGUUUUAGAGAACAACCCACACAGGCAAAGGGAGAAUUUGUAAAUUCCACACAAAUGGCGUUCAGGCCAAGAUGUGAACACUGAGUUAAAGACCUGUGAAGCAACAGUGGUACACCACUUUGUUUUCAUAAUUUUGGACAAAAUGCAAAAUAUCUAUGGGCAAUUUAUAUAUAAUUAGAGUUGCAGACUGUAUUCCAAGGAUUUUAACUUGUAUCAACAGUAAUAUGCAUGUAGAUUUUCAUGAACUUGGACUCGGCCAUUUUGGAGUGAUGCAUUUUUUAGCCGGCCCCCAUUUACAUCCAUCUUUGCCAUUAAAAUAUUUGAAACACCAUGUAACUAAGAUUUUAAGGUGGUUCAUCUUUAUUAUUCAUGCAAAAUGUCAUUACUAUUGACAUAACAAGGGAGUUCGCCCCCUGCUUGCUUCGCUCAUCAACCCCCCCAGCCUGUACUACGUGCCAUCCACUUUGCAUCUCUGCCACUCGCGUUGUGAAGAGGGGGGCUGAACGCACCCCAAGGAGACAUGGUCUCUCCUCCGAAACUCCCUCUUAAACGGUGAUACAAUGGGAAACAAAUACAGUUUUGUUUUUUUUUUUUACCUCCUCAGCUGCUGGCUUGCUGCCGCCGUGCCGUGUGAUCUGCAUCUUGCGCAUCACUUUGAACAUUUAAAAGCCUGUACAGAAUAAGAGUCUGAAAAUCUAACAACAUCACAUUAAAGUUCUAUAAAUUCUGAAAAGAAUGAUACCAAACAUAUAUAUGUAGGUUUGAAAAUAAGCACGAUUUAAAGCGUGACAAAAAAUGUGACAUAAAAGCGUCACGUAAAAUCAUUGCACAAAAUCGUUGCACUUUUAGGCUUAGGAUUUUAUAUAUAGAGAGUAAGUAAUACACAGUUUUUAGUUGUUCCCCCAUUACAGCUCCCCUCCUUGAUGAAAUUUUUGAAACACCAUUAUAGGCUAGAUUUUAAGUUGGACCAACGGCCACUUAUUUGCAACAUUUAGUGGAAAUUAGUUCAACUAUCUUUUUUUAUGCAUAUUGGCAAAUAAAUGAGGAGACAAGAGACAAUCUGAGGGUUGAAAUUAAAUCCAUAGUGUGCAAAAUAAAUAAAUAAUAUCAAACGAAGCUGAAAAAAUUCAAAAGAUAGAUUAUGAUUUAAUUACCAUAGCUUGACUUCUCACUAAUUACUAUAGAUGAAAAGAGAAACAAGAUUUGUUAUGCUCAGGUUUUGCCAAAGAAUAAAUUUGUGUGCCAGAGGUAAAAAAAAAGGAAAAGAUGGUCCAGAGUUUAUGGAGAAAAACACUUGUGCUAAAGAUGAUACAUGCAAAUAAAUGUUAAUAAACAUAUCUUUAUGAACGUUAAAGGAAACAGACUAGUUUCUGUCUAAUCUUUCCCCUUUUUUCAGGUUAGCUAUAAAACAUGUCAGAUAUACAGUGAUGGGCUUACAUGCCCUAAGAUGUGUUUGCAGUACUGUGUGGCUCGUGUGCAAAUCUGCAGGUUCUUUAUGUCUCCAGUCAGCCCAUUCUUAUCACUUCAUAUGCACCAUGUCCUCCCAUACACUGUACAGUUCUUACUGAGCUGCCCAAGGUUGUAAACAUGCAGAAUCUGGACUCUUGGAGUGGUUUCUGCUUUUAUUGCUAAUAAAAUUUGCAACUUAAUGCUAUCGUGAUGGGUGUCCACAUCAUGUAUCACGAGAAAAGGCUAUUCGGUCCAGGCUAGCUUGGCCAAAUUAUAAUCAUUCACUGUUUGUGUGACUUUAAUAUCUUUAAUUCCUUCAAUUUCCGCAGUCAGACCUAAGAAGUAAUUACUUUAGUUUUAAUGGUAUGUACAGGUAUAGUAACUAUGGAGGCACAGUGGAACAACACCUUCUGUGUUCUUUUGUCUGUUCUCCCCAUGUCUUGAGCUGAUUUCCUCCCACAGUCCCACUUGCUAUAUCUUGGCUUCUGUAUUUGAGUGUGCCUUUCCGUGGAUUGGAUUCCAUCCAGGGCUUGUUCUUGUUUUGUACCCAUUGUUAUAGGAAAUGGCUGUGACUCUCCUUGCCCCUGUACUUGAAGAUGCAUGUUCAAAAGUGGAUGAAGGGGCACAGCUUUACCGGUCAAGUGUUAGACUCAGCUGGAUGUGCAGCCCACUUGCAAGGUUGUUACAAACUGAGCAUUGUGUUUUAUAAUUACUGGGCAUUAACCUCUCUUCGUGAGAUAUCACUUAAAAUAGAAGUACCAUUUAUCCAAUGGCAUUUAAAAUUAAUUAUACCAAAUUACAGUAAAAUUACAACAUUUCUGACAAUUCCUAUAUAAAUUUGAAAGAAAACAUAGAUUUUAAAACUUUAAAAAAAUUAAAUUGUUUUGUCAUGAGAAAUCAAAAAGCACUAACAAUAAAACAUAUCAUAAUAUCAUAUUAAUAUUAUUAUAACGUAUGACCCUUCCACUCAGGGUCACAAGAAUUUAAAGUAAUAAAUAAACUAAAUAAUGGUGUGCAGGCAGAAUUAGUAAACUAACACAGUGACCUAGAAGUGUUCUCAGCCCACAACUUGUGUCACGUCAGUUAGUAACGUUAAUGUAAAUAAGAAUUCAUCCAAAGACUUGUGCUUAUUUCAUGUUUAAGGUGCAUAUUUAGUAGUCAUUACUCCUUUAAAUAAUGAAUUAUGAAUACAUUUGGGGUAAAAUCUUUGUUUUUCGUGUUGGAUUUUAAUUGGUAGUUGAGAAGGUAACAAAAGAGAUAAAACUGUAAAGUGUUAACUGUGGACAUUUAUACAUUAAUAAACUCUGUUCUGAAAUAACUAUUCUGAUUAUUUUAAUGUGCAGCAGUAGAAAUGAGUUUACUUUGUCUCAGCUGGAAAAGUAAAUUAAACCUGUAGCUCAAUGAAAUUCAAAGGCUUACUUUUAAUUAAAUAAUGUGAUGAAUGUGGAGAAAGAAAGUAAUCACAAUAUAUAAAUAGCUACAUACAUGUGUUCUACAAUCAAUAAGCUAGUCAAUAAGUCGUUUAAUUAUCACAUAAUUGAUUCACACUGCGGCAUUAUGAAAUUGCCUCAUUUUAAUAACAUGUAUUUCUGAAUCAUCUGUUUUUAUUUUGGAAAGAUAAUUUGUCAAAGAACAUUAUUUUC